AUGGUUUUCUUAAACUUUUACGAAUAAAGAGAAAAUAAAAUACUUAAAAGAAAUAAAUUCAAUUGUAUUAACAAGAAAUAUGCCAGUUUAUAUUUUAUAACUAUUGUCGACAAAGAAGAAAACGAAUUAAACGUACUAGAAAUAAUUCAUCAAUAUGUUGAAUGCUUAGAUAAAUAUUUCAUGAACGUAUGUGAAUUGGAUAUAAUAUUUAAUUUCCAUAAAGCUUAUUUUAUAUUAGACGAAAUGAUGUUUUCGGGACAUUUGAUGGAAUCAAGCCAAAAAGUAGUUUUAAAAUGUGUUUAAAAUUAAGAAUAUAUAGAAGACGAAAAUUAAUUAUAAUGA